UAGAAAUGAGUAGCUGAAAUUUAUGCACAAGUCAUUCGGGAUAUUUGAACUGAUUUGAACCUGAAGAAUCCCUGGGAAGAACAAUCAGUUGGUGAUAAUUAAUACAAAUAAUGUCAGAGCUUUUUGCAGAAGUUGUUCACCCAAGCUCUCGUGCAUUUUGGAAUGAAGAAGAUGAAAGUGAGAUCGAGGACAAUGUAUCCUUCACGGUCGAUUGGACGGAAUCUUCUCCAGAGAAAAUAAAAACAUUAAUAAUCGCGGAAACAUCUUUUAUAAAAGAUUUCGUUGACAAAUGCGUUCUCCAGGAUCACAAGAGCAUCUGCUCCAUCAAGUAUUCGGGUUCGAAGGAGUCCUCGAAAAUUUAUCAGCUCUCCAAUGAUUCAUUUCUCUGUCUUGUGGAUCCUCAAGUGAAUCUCACAGCGGCUGGGGAUUUUAUCGAGUCUAUAUCUCCAAUCCUCUCGAAAUCCGAGAAUAUAAUUGCCAUUACCUGCAAUCACGUGUCUCAAUUGAAAUGCGGUGAGAACACCCCCGAGUUCUCGUUCAUGAGAUCUUUAUCCACGAGAGCAGCUCCAGAGGGUCAGAAAAAAUUAUUUCCUUUAUUGAGUCAACCGAAUAUCGUGGCUGGCGUCGCUGCUGGAGCUCUAUCUUAUGCAGAAACGACGAGCCUUCCAGGAACAUUGGCGAUCCUGUACCUAGAGGGUUUCGAGCUCGACUCAGAAUCAGUAGAGCCCCUUCAAGCCCUCUUCACCCACCUCUCAGUGCCCUUAAAGCCUUUCCACGCAACGUCUCACCUCUUCCUGGACAAGGGGAACUUAUACAUGUGAAUGAAAUCCUUAAUAAAAUCUUUAUUAAACCAAUACAA